AUGCUUGUCCUUUUGUUAUCUCGUAACUAUCAAAUAUCUCUGACCCAUUGUCUCUUACAGACAUAUUGUUUAUACUCAUAUGGUACAGUUGAAUUUACUAUUUUAGCAGUGAUGGCUUAUGACCGAUAUGUUGCUAUUUGUCAUCCAUUACACUAUCACGUUCACAUGAUCAUGGACAAAUUGUAUUGCAGUGGGGAUCCUUUAAUGAAGCUCGCUUGUUCUGAUACCUCAGUUCAGCAGACUGUUGGACUGGUGUCACUUUUUGUUUCACCUGGUUCUCAGGUCAUCAUGAUACUAUUUUCUUAUGUUGUAACUCUGAAUUAUGAGUGA